AUGUCGCACCCCGUCAAGGAUAUUGAUCGCACGCCCGAAUAUGAUCAGUUCAUGCAACAGCUACGGGACUUCCAUGAGAGCAAAGGGACGCCAUUUCAACCUGAACCCGUUCUUGGAGGCCAAAAGCUAGAUCUGCUCAAAAUCUAUCAGACUGUGAUUAAGGCUGGCGGUUACAAAAAGGUGACAGAAAACCGCGGCUGGAAGCAAGUAGGCGAUCCAUUCGAUUUCCCUCCAACAUGCACCAACAGUGCCUAUAUCCUUAAGCUUGUUUAUACAAAAAACCUCCUUGGAUGGGAAGAAGAACACUAUUGGAAACGACCAUGGAAUCCACCCAAGGAACAAUUCGAGCUUAAAACCAUUGGCACACCAUCCACCGCAUCAACGCCUGCUGCAAGUAAACCACGCGACUCAGCACGUAAAACAGCUACAGCAUUUACCUAUCAAAACGCACAACCGAUUCCUGCUUUUCCACCUCCAGGAAUGAUGGCUCCACCUCCCGCACCCAUUUUUCAUCAGCCACAGAGAGAGAUGUGGAUAGAGGUUUAUGUGGAUGAAUCCUUUCCUACGCGCAUCAUGCACUCAUUGACAUGUACGUUGCCGAAUGAAAUCGAUUGGGCCUUCAACGUCCUUGUCCGAUUUUCGUGUACAGCCGAGAAUUUCAGCAUUGACUACAUGCCAACCUUGAUUGACAGCCUGGUGGAAUUUGCUGAACCCUUUUUCAAGACACACAUUCAGCCUAUCUUGGAGCACCUUGAACAAGUCAAAGAACAGGACGAUGAAUCACCUGCGCCUGUGGAAAACUUGUUUAGCAGCAAAAAGAUCCAACAAGAAUACGAACGCGUCUUGCAAGUGUUUCAUGUCAUUCGCAACUUUUCAUUCACGGAUAUCAACAUUCGAUCCUUGGCACAAAACGCACGUCUUCGAGAUUUAUUAAUGAUGGCCAUCUCCCUUCCCACCGAUUCACAAUACGCCGAGCUCAGUCGACACAGUCUCGAUAUUAUCGAAAGCAUCUCGCCACAAAUUGUGCUUCAGAGCACCGACGACGAUUAUUUAAUGGCCAUGCACAGGCUGCUCACAUCGCCCGAUCGCGCUCUCGUCCUUGGUGCUCUCAGAGCCUUGACACGGGUUGCUGUGAGUGAGUCGAAUGAAAGUAUACUCGCAGCUGUCCAUUACCAGAAUAUCAUUGUGCGCAUGAGUCAAUUUCUCUUGGUGGAUGAUGAGGAGCUGGUCGCCGCUACGUUGGAAUACCUUUAUCAAUACUCAAGUCUCAAAGGCAACUUUUCAGUAACACUACUCAAGAAUUAUCCUGGCAAUCUCGUUGGCUUGCUUGUUGGUUAUUUGUCAUACAAAUCUACAUUGGCACCACGCACUUCCGCAUUAAACAGCACCAUCCAUUCCAUCCCAGCAGCACAAUUUGCAAAAGAAAGCAAAGGACAGGCACAACCACCCGCUAUUCCCGAUCUCACUGAAUACAUGAACUUGGAUGAACCAUAUCGAUGUUUGGGAUGGCUGAGAGAGAAGCUUGUUGCUGGUACAGCAGAAGACAAGAUCGAAUUUAAAACCAUAUUUGGCGAAUACAACGAGCUCUUUGGCAAGCAAAAGCCGUUAGCUACCAAGGAAUUCUACACUGUGCUUAAGAUUGCAUUUCCUCAACCGGAUUCUGUGGAAGAAGCUGUCAAGACCGGUUCUGUGCCUAUGAAUGAUCUUGUCUUGGGCAAAGUAAAGUACGCACCACCCAAAGAGCCUGAAAUGGUCGAAUGUCAUUGGGCUGAUUGUACCGAAAAAUUCAAGGACGAAGAAGGAUUACAUGCUCAUCUCGUGGACGUGCACGUGAAAACAAUAGAGGAAACGGCAGCCAACGAGGGAGAUCAGAUGGAUACGAGUGAUGAUGAUACUCAACCUGAAGGGAAGACUUAUGAAUGUCGAUGGAUGGCAUGUGGACGACGGGGAUUCAAGCAUAAAGGAAGAAUAUUUCAGCAUUUGCGGACCCAUUUCCCAGGCAGAGUGACCAAGCCAAUGAAACGACGCAAUGAUAAGCUUUCGAUUGAGAAAAUACCAGUGGAUGAUGAGGAUGUAUCGGGUGUUCCAUUGACAGCUGCUUUACUCUUACGCAACCUUGCACGUACACGUGAACUCCAGAGUUUCCUGCUACCCUACAAGGUUGAGUUGGCACAAUUAGCUUUCCAGAGACCCAAGUUAGGUGCCUAUGCCAUCUCCGUACUUGAAGAAUUGCAUGCUGCCAGCUGA